CAAUAGAAUAGAAGAGUUGAAGACGUUUGGCGAAUUGGAUUAAACCAAGAUUUCAUUUCACUCACUCUUCACAGCUAAGGCGAAUUGCUUGCGCUCCGCCGCCUCUCAGUCUGCAGAAAUCCAUCCUCAAAUCCAACCAUCCAGGUGUGCAUGCUUCGAAACUAAUGUGGUUGUAUGAAGGAUGGCUAGAGAUCCUGAAGAUCCAGAAGUUUAGGAGAGUAGUGUCCUACACUGGAUUCUAUUGCUUCACCGCACUCCUUACUUAUAUGUACACCAACAAUACCACUCGAGCUGGUUACUCCAGAGCUGACCAAUUCUAUGCGUCUUACCCAGCUGGCACCGAGCUCCUCACUGACCAAUCAAAGUUAUACAAAGUUGCACUAGCCAAUUGUUUUGAAGAGGAAGAGUGGGGGCCAAUUGAAUGGAGCAUCAUGGCCAAACAUUUUGAACGCCAAGGGAAAUCACCAUAUGCAUAUCACUCGCAAUACAUGGCACACCUUGUCUCCAAUGGGCAAGUUGAUGGAAGUGGGUAGUGUCCAGAGCAUGAACCCCCUAGUCAUCCUGGAUAUAUGGCUAUGUUCUAUCUCUCUACCAAAUGCUCAAAGCUGCAUUAGAAUUGGUUUGUGCUUAUGAGAAGUCUAAUUUACCUUACAAUUUAUAUGGACUUUGUUUCUCAAGUGUGAGAUGUAAUUGUACAAUAGGGUAGUGCUACGAAUUCUAAAUGAAGAUAUUUUGACUGUUA